GCCAUUUUCAAGCUUGACUUUGAGGAGAAGUCAGCUUCAGUGGUUUUGUGUGCUCUGCGGUGAGUGCAGGAAGCUGAACAAGGAGCAUGGGCAAGCUGGAAAACGACAAUGUGAAUGCAGUGACCUAUGAAGACGUGCAUGUCAACUUCACUUUGGAAGAAUGGGCUUUGCUGAAUCCUUCCCAGAAGAAUCUCUACAAAGAUGUGAUGGGGGAGAUCUACCGGAACCUCACUAGUAUAGGAUACAGUUGGAAAGAUCAUAAUAUUGAAGAACAUUGUCAAAGUUCUAGAAGACAUAAAAGGUAUGAGAAAACACAUACUAGAUUGAAACCCUAUGAAGAAAAUGAGUGUGGUAAAGCCUAUUCACAUCACAGUCCUCUUCAAAUGCAUCAAAGAACAUACACUGGAGAGAAACCCUAUGAAUGUAAUCAAUGUGGUAAAACCUUUGCAUAUAGCAGUCAUUGUCAAAUUCAUGAAAGAACACAUACUGGAGAGAAGCCCUAUAAAUGUAAUCACUGUGGUAAAGCCUUUGCACAACACCGUAAUCUAAAAAUUCAUGAAAGAAUCCAUACUGGAGAGAAGCCCUAUGAAUGUAAUCAGUGUGGUAAAGCCUUUGCUCGUCACACUCAUCUAAAAAUUCAUGAAAGAAACCAUACUGGAGAGAAGCUUUAUGAAUGUAAUCAGUGUGGUAAAGCCUUUGCUUGUCACAGUAGUCUCCAAACACAUAAAAGAAGUCAUACUGGAGAAAAACCUUAUGAAUGUAAUCACUGUGGUAGAGCCUUUGCUCUUCACUGUCAUCUACAAAGUCAUGAAAGAACCCAUACUGGAGAAAAACCCUAUGAAUGUAAUUACUGUGGUAGAGCCUUUGCUCGUCACAGUAAUCUACAAGUUCAUGAAAGAACCCAUACUGGAGAGAAACCCUAUGAAUGUAUUCACUGUGGUAAAGCCUUUGCACAGAACAGUUAUCUAAAAAUUCAUAAAAGAAUCCAUACUGGAGAGAAACCCUAUGAAUGUAAUCACUGUGGUAAAGCCUUUGCAAAACACAGUCGUCUACAAAUUCAUGAAAGAAGCCAUACUGGAGAGAAACCCUAUGAAUGUAAUCAGUGUGGUAAAGCCUUUGCACGCCACAGUUCUCUACAAAGUCAUGAAAGAACCCAUACUGGAGAGAAACCCUAUGAAUGUAACCAGUGUGGUAGAGCCUUUGCACAAUACAGUCAUCUACAAGCUCAUGAAAGGAGCCAUACUGGUGAGAAACCCUAUGAAUGUAAUCACUGUGGUAGGGCCUUUGCACAACACACUCACCUACAAGUUCAUGAAAGGAGCCAUACUGGAGAGAAACCCUAUGAAUGUAAUCAGUGUGGUAAAGCCUUUGCACAACAUGGUAGUCUACAAAAUCAUAAAAGAAUCCAUACUGGAGAGAAACCCUAUGAAUGUAAUCAGUGUGGUAGAGCCUUUGCACGCCACAGUUGUCUACAAAGUCAUGAAAGAAGCCAUACUGGAGAGAAGCCCUAUGAAUGUAAUCAAUGUGGUAAAGCCUUUGCACGCCACAAUAAUUUACGAAGACAUAAAAGAAGCCAUACUGGAGAGAAACCCUAUGAAUGUAAUCAGUGUGGUAAAUCCUUUGCAGAUAACUGUAAUCUACAAGUUCAUGAAAGAAGCCAUACUGGAGAGAAACCCUAUGAAUGUAAUCAAUGUGGUAAAGCCUUUGCUUGUCACAGUCGUCUCCAAAGACAUAGAAGAAGCCAUACUGGAGAGAAACCCUAUGAAUACAAAAAUGAGUGUGGUAAAGCCUUUUCACAUCACAGUCCUCUUCAAAUGCAUCAAAGAACAUACACUGGAGAGAAACCCUAUGAAUGUAAUCAAUGUGGUAAAACCUUUGCAUAUCACAGUUAUUGUCAAAGGCAUAAAAGAACACAUACUGGAGAGAAGCCCUAUGAAUGUAAUCACUGUGGUAAAGUCUUUGCACAAUACCGUAAUCUAAAAAUUCAUGAAAGAAUGCAUACUGGAGAGAAGCCCUAUGAAUGUAAUCAGUGUGGUAAAGCCUUUGCUCAUCACCUUCAUCUAAAAAUUCAUGAAAGAAACCAUACUGGAGAGAAGCUUUAUGAAUGUAAUCAGUGUGGUAAAGCCUUUGCUUGUCACAGUAGUCUCCAAACACAUAAAAGAAGUCAUACUGGAGAAAAACCUUAUGAAUGUAAUCACUGUGGUAGAGCCUUUGCUCGUCACAGUCAUCUACAAAGUCAUGAAAGAACCCAUACUGGAGAAAAACCCUAUGAAUGUAAUCAGUGUGGUAGAGCCUUUACUCGUCACAGUAGUCUACAAGUUCAUGAAAGAACCCAUACUGGAGAGAAACCCUAUGAAUGUAAUCAGUGUGGUAAAGCCUUUGCAUGUCACAGUUAUCUACAAAUUCAUAAAAGAACUCAUACUGGAGAGAAACCCUAUGAAUGUAAUCAGUGUGGUAGAGCCUUUGCAAAACACAAUCGUCUACAAGUUCAUGAAAGAAGCCAUACUGGAGAGAAACCCUAUGAAUGUAAUCACUGUGGUAGAGCCUUUGCACAGCACAGUCAUCUACAACGUCAUCAAAGAACCCAUACUGGAGAGAAGCCCUAUGAAUAUAACCAGUGUGGUAAAGCCUUUGCACAACACGGUAGUCUACAAGCUCAUAAAAGAAGCCAUACUGGAGAGAAACCCUAUGAAUGUACUCAGUGUGGUAAAGCCUUUGCUUGUCACUGUCAUCUCCAAAGACAUAGAAGAAGCUAUACUGGAGAGAAACCCUAUGAAUACAAUGAGUGUGGUAAAGCCUUUUCACUUCACAGUACUCUUCAAAUGCAUGAAAGAUCACACACUGGAGAUAAACUCUAUGAAUGUAAUCAGUGGGAUAAAUCAUUUGCAUGUAUGGAUAAUCUAAAUCAUGAGAAAAAUCAUAUUGCAGAGAAACCCUAAUGUAUUCAGUGUGAUAAAAUUUUGUACUUUAUAUAGGAGUAAAACUUUUUGUAUGCAACAAUCUGUUAAAAUCUUUGUAUAUUAAAAUAGAAAUUGAGUACCCAAAAAAGAUACUGAGGACUUCUUAUUAUAAAGUAUUUGGUAAGAUCUUUAGCCAAAACACUUUUAAUCAGAUACACAGUGAUUUGGGAUUCCCAUCUGUAUGCUGUAAAUA